AAUAUCUUUAAAUCUAUGAGAAAUUUUAUGGCUCUCUUCCACUUUCUUUUGUUGGUUACAUACAUAAGCUUUGUUGGUCGUUUUUGUGUUCAAGCUCAAGACCAAUCAGGAUUUGUGAGUAUUGACUGCGGGCUACCAGAUGGUUCGAGGUACCGUGAUGAAAAAACAGAUAUAAAUUACAUUUCAGAUUCUGAAUUCGUUGAAUCAGGGACAAGUAGUAGCAUAGAUCCUAAGUUCCAGACAAGCUCUCUUGAGAUUCAGUUCAACAACGUGAGGAGCUUCCCUGAAGCCAAAAGAAAUUGUUACGAUGUUAAGCCUCUACAAGGAAAAGGUUCUAAGUAUUUGAUCAGAGCUCGUUUCAUGUAUGGAAACUACGACACUCUCGACAAAGCACCUGAGUUUGAUCUUUAUCUUGGGGUCAAUCUCUGGGAUUCUGUUACAAUAGAUAAUGCAACUACGAUUGUAACCAAAGAGAUCAUCUACACUCUUGGUUCAGACCAUGUCCAUGUGUGUCUUGUUGAUAAAGGCAGAGGAACAGCAUUUAUAUCUGUCUUAGAGCUCAGGCUUUUAAAGAGUAAUAUGUAUGAGACUCCUUAUGAUAAACUUAUGCUUGUUGCAAGACGUGAUGUGGGAUCAAUAAGUAAUGAUUCUGUCAGGUACAAAGAUGAUGCUUAUGACCGCUUAUGGACACCGCGACAAUUGGAAAAUUUCACUACAUUGAACACGCCGCUCGCAAUAGAUCAAAAUAUCAACAAUAGCUUUCAACCUCCUCUUAUUGUCAUGAGAACCGCAAAUGCACCAAGAAAAGCAAUCCAGUAUAUCAAUAUGUUGCUUGAACCAAAAGAUCCUAAGGGGAAGUUUUAUAUAUUCAUGCACUUUGCUGAAAUUGUUGAGCUGCAGAGAAAUGAGACCAGAGAGUUCACUAUAUUGGUGAAUGGUGAACCAAUAGAACCCAUUGUAUUUAGUCCUCGCUUCUUGUUUACAGAUACACUUUCCACCAAGAACCCCGCGAGCGGAUCAAGAAUCGAGAUUUCUAUUAGACCAACUAAUAGAUCGACCCUUCAACCGAUCAUCAACGCCAUUGAGGCCUAUCAAGUCAAUGAGUUUCUUCAGUCACCUACUCAUCAACUAGAUGUUGAUGCCAUUAGGAAGAUUAAGACCAUUUACAAACUAAAGAAGAAUUGGCAAGGAGAUCCAUGUGUUUAUGUAGAUUAUUCUUGGGAAGGUCUUGACUGUGAUCAGAAUCCUCCGAGAAUCGUUUCUCUGAACUUAUCCUUCAGCAGACUGUCUGGUCUGAUCGAUCCAGCCUUCUGCAACCUGACAUCAAUUCAGAAAUUGGAUUUGUCAAACAACCGCUUAAAAGGAAACAUACUUGAUUGCUUCGCCUAUUUACCGAGUUUAAAUGAGCUAAACUUGGAAGGAAACCAAUUAACGGGCUUGGUUCCGCCAAAACUACUGGAGAGAUCAAGAACUGGAUCACUUAAGCUAAGCGUGAGCGGAAAUCCAGGUCUUUUUCUAUCAUCUUCAUGUCAAGAGACGAAGAAAACUAAAGGAUUCGUCGUUCCGCUGGUAGCAUCCAUUGUAGGUGUGCUCACUUUGACAUGCUUGACUCCGUUGUGGUAUUUCAAGAAAAUAAAAAAAGAGAGAGAGAGCGAGGUAUCAUCUCAACAAACUCUCAAGAGUCAGAGCAGAAAAUGGGGAUCCUAUAAAACAAAUCAAGAUCCAAAAUCUUGAUUUUAUUUACACGUUGCUUGAUAGUUUUACUUACCUUGUAUCCAAGUGAAGCUACAAAAUUCUUUGUGCUUUGUUAUGUUUUCUAUAAACCAUCUUUUUAGUUUGAUUUUAGGAGUGAAGGUAUAGGUAUAUAUAGUAAGAAGAAACAGAGAGACAAAUGUCUAGAUUUGGCAUGAAGCAGAGAGACAAAGGUCCGAAUUUCUACCAAAUCUAUACAGUUGCAAUGUAGACAUGUUAGGAAUGAUCGGUUCUAAACUGAAAUCCUUUUAUACAACAGACCAAAGCAGAGAAGAGCAGAGCAUAACAUAAACAGAGCAAAACAGAACAUAUGAGUUUGAGAUUAACCACUACUUGCAGAGAAAUAGCUCUUGGAUUAGUAUUUGUAUCACAUUGUUUUUUGUUGAUUUGGCACUCAAUAAUUAGCUUAAAUUUUCCUCAUGUCAUCUAUAAAACGAAAUCACAAAGAAACCGAAAUCUAAGGAGAGAACAUUUGUAUCAUGUAAAGCCUUAGUUACCAUCAGUUGUGUAAAAGAAUAAUGAAGGCCAAAGGUUGUAUGGAUCACCCAUUGCUUUCAGCACAA